UACCACGCCAACCAAUGGAUUCUCCUGCUCCUCUGCACGUCUCUCUGGCCCCCCACACCACCACCCCUCACCCCCCUGCUAUUGAACACACCAGCAUCAGUGCUAUGCUCAUACAGCCCACACCCAGACACUAGCGAUGCAAUAACAUUGUCACAAAUUGUAUUCAUAGUCCAGACAGCCAUAGAUUGAGUCGCGAGGCCACAGAGAGUAAACCCAUGUGUGCAGUCUGCGGCUUCUACUGUGUCAGACCCUGUAAAACACGUUAGGAACCAGGGGUCGUUUAAAAGUGACUGAUUUACGGCUUUUAUUGCUCUAUAAAACGCCUCUAACAUCCUCGCUAGAGGUAAUAGAAAUGUCGUGCGCAUUCUGCACAAACAGAACAGCCAGAAAUAUGUCACCUCUCGUCGUUUUUUAACCAUAUUAUGUAAUUAUCGCUGUGAAAAUAGAUACACCCGUUUACAAUGUGGCAAUGUGCUGCCGUUUGCACUUUAUCAUUAUCACUCUUGUUGUUAUUAUUACUAUUAUUAUUAUUAUUAUUAUUAUUAUUUCUACUUUCUAUGCAUGGUGAUCACCACACAACUGAAGACGUGUCUGUGAAAGAAAACAAAGUAUUCUGUGGAUGGUUUUUCUGGGAGGCUGCUGAACUAUUAGGGAGUGAAGCUCGGUCUGUGUGACCACAGCUGACCCUGAGAUAAGAAUGAGGAGCCUACAGCUCAUGACAAGUUUAUACAACCAAGCAGUAUCAGUUUACAAUAUCACAGCAUACCUCCAGUAAUGGGGCUGAUGGUCAGAGCCUCAGCCAGGAUUACAGCUGCAGCGGCAGCUGGGCUGAUGUUUUUUUUUUUUAAUAAGUGGGACUGUAGUUUAAAGCAUACACAUACAAGAUCUUGUAAACACAACUGUAAACAAAUCAGUUCUUUUAAUUGCUGGACAUAUCUGUUGGAUUCUCGAGACUUGUCCUCUCAGCAUUUCCCUUCUUUAGAUUUGGAUUGUAGCUGCAGCUCUUUCAAGAUGCUCUUCUCAUCAGUUGUUCACAGAGCAGCUACAGUCCACACACACAGCUUCACCUUAUUUAAUUAUUCCUACUCCUGUGCUUUUAUUUAGGGCUGGAACAAACACAACAAGUUUUGCAAGAAAAAGUAAAGGACUUUUGAAUGAGGAGAUGGAAAGAAUACAGCCUUCAAAUGGGUGAAAGAAUUUAAACACUGGUUUGAUUUAUUUAUUUUAGUUGUUUUUUUUAACUAAGGCUGCUGCAACAGCCACAUUUAACCUCACUUCAUUGUUACACAGUCUUAGUCCACUGCAGCUCAUGAUGUUGUGCUGCUCUCAGGUCUGUAACACUAUGAUGGGGCUGCUCUGCACAGUUGUCAGAUUAGUGACACCACAGUGGCACUGGUUAGUGUUCAGUGUUGGCUGGAUGUCACAUUGGUAGCAUGGUGUUGGUCUGGUCUGUUUGCCGUCCCCCGCUUGUUUAGUCUGGGACAUCAGUUGUUGUGUUUCACCACCUGACAUUUCUCUGCUGGUUCUCCUAUGUUUUGUUGGUGACAUCACGAUGCUCAUAAUGCUACUGACCUGUACAUAUGGAAGGCUGUUGAUGUGUAAUAGUUGUAUCUCUCAGAAUUAGAAGUUGUCAUUAUUAAAAGCAUGUGUUACACUCACUGCAUUUUCACUUCUUUACAUUGUACCACCAUGAUGUUUCUUUAUUCUGCUCAUUCUGUUUAUACUUUAUACUUUACAUCUUUGCUUUUUCUGUUGCUGCUGUGACAUUCAAAACUACUUUACAAAGUAUAUGCAUGUCAGAUUAAGAGUCCUUAAAUCAUUUACAGUUAUCCUUAUCAAUAGUCAAUUAAAAUGUGAAGGUGUGUUGAGAGAACAGACUGGAACAACCAGACAAAUGUCUCAUCAGUGAACGAAGGCUUUUGUUUAGGCAGUCUGACUCUUCCUGUCCACCUUUCUCCAGCAUUAUAAAUUAUCAGGCCUAUUUUCAGAAAUCAACCACACCUCAAGAGCAUCUCAGCAGCCCGCUCCUCUCUGGCAUUUAGAGUCACAAUAAACCUAUUAAAUAUUAGUGCUGAAGUGGUUUUUAGGAUUAUCAUCUCACAGAAGUGAUGCAGCUGUAAUUCUUUAAGUGUAUUAAUGGAGCAUAAUCUGUGUCACAGCUGAAGUGCUGUUGGUAAAGUCUGUGCUUUCAUUAAUUAGCAGAUAACCUUUAUAUAAGGCGUGCAGGCGAACAAAAUGAUGGCUUUGCUAUUGUUGUACCUUAUCCUUGGCGAAUCACCUAUUGUCCCUUUGAAUAAUUGAGACUAGCGGAUUUUGCCUGUUUUAUUUUUUCCUUGGUCAGCAACUAGCUACUAGUUUUGUCCCCAAGAUCAAUUGCCUUGGUAACACAACUAGAGAGAGAGAGAGAGAGGGAGACAGAGAAUGGGAGAGAGAGGAAAAGAGAGAGAGGGAGAGAUUUGUGCCCACAAUGGCGACUGUAGGUAUGCUAAAUACCUCUGGUUCCUUAUCCGGGAACUACCUCUUACUCUGCUAUUGGGCCAUUGGGUCACGUGGUAAAAGUAACUUUACAGGGCUGCUCGCAAGUAGGAGGGCUUUAUGGAGCAGAAAAACGACAAAGCUAGAAAAAUUAUUUUCCACUCCAGAAAUUAAUGAUCAUGAGCUCGUAUUUGAUGGAGUCUAACUACAUUGAUCCGAAAUUUCCUCCAUGCGAGGAAUAUUCGCAAAAUAACUACAUCCCCGAGCAUAGUCCAGAAUAUUACAGCCGCGCAAGGGACACUGGCUACCAGCAUCACCACCAGGAGUUAUAUCCUCCGCGGGCGAGCUACCAAGAGCGCCAGUAUAACUGUGCAAGCAUCCCUGAACCUGACACGCCAAGGGGACAUGGAAUACCCCAUUCUGCGCACCUGCUGACAGGGAAAGGGCAGCCUGCUUCAUGUGAAACCCCACAGUUGUCUAUGUCCCCCGCCACCCCACCGGCCGCAACCUCCGCCUGCAACCAAGCUACCCCGGAGCAUCCAAACAGCACAGCCUCCUCCAAGCAGCCCGUGGUGUACCCAUGGAUGAAGAAAAUUCACGUCAGCACUGUGAACUCGGGUUACAAUGGGACGGAGCCCAAGCGGUCUAGGACAGCAUACACCCGGCAGCAAGUCUUAGAAUUGGAGAAGGAAUUCCACUAUAACCGAUAUUUAACUCGGCGGAGGCGCAUCGAGAUCGCCCACACCCUGGUUCUCUCCGAGCGACAGAUUAAAAUCUGGUUUCAAAACCGCAGGAUGAAAUGGAAAAAAGACCACAGGCUCCCGAACACCAAAGUGAGAUCCUCCUCCUCCUCCGGGUCCAACACAAGCUCAGCAGCCGGCGCUGUUGCCGCUGCGUCGGCCACUAACACUGGGGCCCCCGACGAACUCACCGGAGCACAGCAUGGCGAGGAUAUUACCAGGUUAUAAAACCACCAGCCACGGUUGUGGGUAGAAAAAGAACUGGUUAUUUAUAGAACAAUUAUAUAUUUUGUUUUCGUAGCUAUCUUGUGCGGUUUCCUUUAAGUCCAAAGUUAUAUAAAAUGCAUGUUAUAUAGCAUGGAUUACUGCGAAUACCGAUGAAUUAUUUUUACGUGACACAGGGUUUAAUUUAUUUGAAGCUCAAUUAAAAUGAUGUUUUUUAUUAAAAUGUUUUGAAUGAAGGAAAAAAAAAAGUAGAAAAAAUAUACAUUUUAUCAAAAUGUUAUUGUGGGCCAUUCUUUUGCCCUGCUGCCCAAGGUGAAAUGCACAAUCUAUUUAUUUCAAGCAACACUGGAAGGAAAUCAAUAUAAUAAUAGUUAUUUUUGGUAUAAAAAAGCUGGAACACACCAUUGAUCUUGAACUUGUAUGUUUAGGAUAAUAACAAUGUGUGAAUUACCUCGUGUAUUUCAGAAACAGGAUUUUGAUUUACAAUUUAGUUUUGUGGUGUUGAUGUUGUGUUUAGACCGUUAAAAAGCAGAUUAUUGUGAAAUGCAAUAAACGGAGUUUAGUGUUCUUGUGCUAAUCAUAUUGGUCAAUAAAACAGUGAGUGUCUACUAGUUUUAUAUACGUUUGGUCGAACUUCAUUUUUAGGCAAGACGAGGUCUAACUGUUGUUUGGGCUCUUUGGAGGAAUCUCCUUAAAAGUGUACAGAUGUUGGAUAUUUGAACAUUUCAUGAAGGAAACAAAAUCACUGUGUUUUCAAACUGUUUAUCAAACCUGCAGCUGAUUUUUUGCGUCUUUGAAUUAGCAUCGUGUACAGACAGUGUGUGUGUGUGUGCGUGUGUAUGUGUGUGUGUGUGUGUGUGUGUUUGUGUGUGUGUGUGUUUUUUUUUUUUAAAGCUUCACUCAUAAUGGACUGAAGUUAUUUCUAAAAUCUGAAAAUGAAAUAGUUUGCGCUGUGCAUUAUGUGCAACCUCAUCAAUCUGAAGGGCAUUCAAUUAACGCUAAAGACGAGCCACUGAGGCCCUCCACUCUCCUCUCCUCCACUCUUCUCCUUUCCUCUCCUCCUCUCCUCUCCUCUCCUCCACUCUUCUCCUCUCCUCUUCUCCUCUCCUCUCCUCUUCUCUCCUCUCCACACUGCACUGCCUCUGCCACGGCCACAACUGAAGCUCUCUGCUUCCUUCGUCCUCACUUGAACACAAAGCUGCAUGCGAGUCAUUUAGAGGACCUUUGCAAUGUGUUAGAGAUGAUAGAUUGUUGUGAAAAUAUUCUUAUUCAUUUUGUAACCUAUAGUUGCCCUGCUUUUUCUAUAAUCCACUGCGCCAUGCGACUGAGUUUUCAAAUGUAAAAAAAAAAUAAAAUAAAAUAAAA